UCUCAAGCACUUGAAAGAGGAGCUUUUCCCUUUUAGAAAGAGUUGAUUCAUUGCAUGCUUGGUCGGCCAUUGUAGCUUCAAAUUUAAAAAAAAAAAAAAAAACCCAAAAUUUUACAACUUCACAAAUCAUCAUUCCAACUGCUAGCAGACGUGGUUGUGUGUAGUUUUGCUUCCUUGUUAAUCUUUCAGUGCCCCCAAAUUUACUAAUAUUUAAUCCCCUUCUCACUCUAAUCAAUAAACCUUUUGAUUCAUUGCAUUUGAUUUCAUUUCUUUUCGGCUUCAAAAGGGCUGCUUCUUUUACCAACAAGAAAAAGCUUAAAGCUUCAUGGAUCUUUCUCCUUUUUUCUCAUAUGGGCUUUUUAGAUUUCAACAUCCCUCCAUUCUUGGAUAAAGAUUUCAACUUUUUUCUUGGAUCAUCUCAAGGAAUCACCUGAAUUUUUCAAGAUUUUGCUUAAAGAUUCAAUAUCAGUUCUUGAAGAUUUUGAUGAGGGUGUUUGACUAAUUGACUAAUUGACUAUUUGACUAUUUGACUUACCCACAAUGUCAAAUGUUUCUGGGCUAUUGGUGUGGAUCAUAAGGUUUAUAGUUUCUGGUUUGUUGGUUUUUAACUGCAAAGGGUUGAAUUCAGAUGGGUUAUUUCUUCUACAGUUAAAGAAAAACAUUACAGAUGAGUUAAAUUAUUUGAAUAACUGGAAUCCAUCUGAUGACUCACCUUGUGGAUGGACUGGUAUUAACUGCACAUAUGAUCAAACCCCAUCUGUUUAUUCUCUCGAUUUGAACUCGAUGAAUCUUUCGGGAACUUUAAACCCGAGUAUAGGUGGUUUAACGUCUUUAAUUUAUAUCAAUCUUUCAUUCAACAAGUUUACGGGUAACAUCCCGAAAGAAAUCGGGAAUUUGUCGAGUUUAGAGAAGCUUUUCUUGAACAGUAAUCAGUUCGACGGAAGCAUACCGGACGAGAUCGGAAAACUCGCGCGUUUGAGUCAUUUAAACAUAUGUAACAACAAGCUUUCCGGGUCGAUUCCGGAGUCUUUCGGUCAGCUCUCUUCGUUGGUUGAGUUUGUCGCGUACACGAAUAAUCUCAAAGGGCCACUCCCGCAUUCGAUUGGGAAGCUUAAGAAUUUGACUACGUUUCGGGCUGGGCAAAAUGGUAUGACGGGAAGUAUACCUGUAGAGAUCGGCGGGUGCGAAAAUCUGGUGUAUUUCGGUGUGGCGCAAAAUAGUUUUGACGGGGAGAUACCGAAGGAAUUCGGGUUGUUAACGAAGCUGACGGAUUUGAUUCUUUGGAGUAAUCAGUUCUCCGGGAUGAUUCCGAAAGAGAUUUCGAACUGUACGUGUCUCGAAACGCUUGCUCUGUAUCAAAACAAUCUUGUUGGCGAAAUCCCGAAAGAGAUUGGGAAACUUAAGUUCUUGCAGAAGCUGUACUUGUAUCGAAACGGGCUAAACGGAACAAUCCCGAGAGAAAUCGGUAAUCUUUCGUUGGCAACCGAGAUUGACUUUUCGGAAAAUUUCUUGACAGGUGAAAUCCCGACUGAAAUCACUCGUAUACGCGGGCUUACAUUGCUCUAUCUGUUUGAAAAUCAGCUUCAUGGUGUGAUACCGAGUGAACUCGGUAACUUGAAGAACUUAUCAAAGGUUGAUCUGUCGAUAAACUCACUCACGGGCCCGAUUCCAUCGGGCUUUCAGUAUCUACCCAAAAUGUAUCAGUUGCAGCUGUUUAGCAAUUCGUUAAACGGCACCAUUCCUCAAUUGCUUGGGCUGUACAAUCGGUUAUGGGUCGUUGACUUUUCGGACAAUGAUUUGACCGGAAAGAUCCCGCCUUACGCUUGUUGGGGUGGUAAUCUGAUGCUGCUGAAUCUCGAAUCGAAUGAUCUGUACGGGAACAUCCCGAAUGGGAUUGUGAAAUGUAAAUCAAUGGUGCAGCUUCGGUUAAAUGGUAACAAGAUAACCGGCAACUUUCCUUCAUCGCUCUGCAGAUUAGUGAAUCUGUCCGCGAUCGAGUUGGGUGGAAACCGGUUUAGUGGCCCGAUUCCACCCGAGAUCGGGAACUGUAAGAAGUUACAACGACUUGAUCUCUCCGGAAACUACUUCUCGUCCGAAUUACCUAACGAGAUCAAGAGACUCACACAUUUGGUAACAUUUAACAUUUCUUCGAAUUUGAUCACCGGAAAGAUUCCACCGGAGAUUCUCCAUUGCAAGAUGCUUCAACGACUUGAUUUCAGCCGAAACGCGUUCUCAUACGACAUACCUCAUCAGCUCGGUUCAUUAUCGCAACUCGAACUUUUAUUAAUUUCGGAUAACAAGCUCUCGGGCAGCAUCCCGGCUGCCCUCGGUAACCUCUCGCGGCUGACCGAGCUACAAAUGGGCGGAAACUUUAUUUCCGGCGAGAUCCCGCCAGAGCUCGGGUCGCUAACAAGCUUGCAGAUAGCUUUAAACCUCAGCCACAAUAAUCUAACCGGCAGCAUACCGUCGCAACUCGGUAAUCUGAUAUUACUCGAGAAUCUAUACCUUAACGACAACGAGUUAACCGGGCUAAUCCCCUCGGCGUUUGCAAACCUUUCCAGUUUGAUGACGUGUAACUUUUCGUACAACAACCUCACAGGCCCGAUACCUUCAGUACCGUUAUUUCAAAACAUGGCUCUCACCAGCUUUACCGGUAACAAUGGGCUAUGUGGCGGCCCGUUACCUCCCUGUGACGGAUCUUCGGACUCUAACCCGACACCACCUUCUUCGAACAAUGUAUCAGCUUCCAGAGGCAAACUCGUCACCAUAAUUGCUGCGGUUGUUGGCGGCGUUUCGCUUGUUCUGAUCGUGAUCAUCUUAUACUUUAUGAAAAAAGGGUCUGCACGAAACCAGACUACUGUGGAGGACGAUACAGACGGAUCAUCACCCGUGUCAUCAGACAUUUACUUCCCGCCGAAAGACGCUUUUAAGUUCCAGGAGUUGGUAGACGCCACGAGAAACUUUCACGACAGUUAUGUCAUCGGAAGAGGGGCUGCUGGGACGGUCUACAAGGCGGUGAUGCAGUCGGGACAGACGAUCGCUGUCAAAAAGUUUGCGUCGAAUCGAGAAGGAAACACCAUUGAGAACAGUUUUCAAGCGGAAAUCCUGACGUUAGGAAAGAUCCGACAUCGAAACAUUGUGAAGCUUUAUGGGUAUUGCUACUAUCAGGAUUCGAAUCUGCUUCUGUAUGAAUAUAUGGCAAGAGGUAGUUUGGGGGAGUUGCUGCAUAACGGCUCGUCGUGCAGCUUGAACUGGCCAACACGGUUUACAAUCGCCCUUGGGGCUGCUCAAGGUCUUAUGUAUUUACACCAUGACUGCAAACCGAGAAUCAUUCAUCGCGAUAUCAAGUCAAACAAUAUCUUGCUUGACGAGAACGAUGAGGCUCAUGUGGGUGAUUUCGGUUUGGCUAAAGUCAUCGACAUGCCUCAGUCGAAAUCCAUGUCAGCCGUUGCAGGAUCUUACGGCUACAUUGCCCCCGAAUAUGCUUAUACGAUGAAGGUGACCGAAAAGUGUGACAUAUACAGUUACGGGGUGGUUCUUUUAGAACUCGUAACAGGAAGAGCCCCGGUGCAACCGCUAGAACAAGGGGGUGAUCUUGUUACAUGGGUAAGAAGUUAUAUACGAAAGCAUUCGUUGGAUCAUGGGAUACUUGACGCUCGUUUGGAUGUUGAGGACGACGAACGUGUGGUGAACCACAUGAUUUCGAUACUUAAAGUUGCUAUACUUUGCACAAGUAUGUCGCCUUAUGAUCGGCCAUCGAUGAGAGAAGUUGUGUCGAUGUUGAUCGAAUCGAAUGAACGAGCUGGCAACAUUGUUUCUUCGCUAUAUGACGAUCGUUCUCAAUGAGAGUGUAUGUAUUAGUUUACAUGUGUUAACCAAUAUAAUUAUGAUUCUAAUUUUGUUUGUAUUGGUUUUGCAACAAUAUUUGAUGAGAUUGUACAUACAUUUCUUCCUCUAGUAUUCAAGGGGGAGUUUGUGUUACUCAUUGUCUAUAUAAUUUGAUGAGAAGAUUUCCUCAA